UUGCUGCACUUCCCUUUGGCCAGCCCAGUCAAGUCUCAGCAGCAAGCACUGUGUUUGUCAGUGCGUGGUAGUGUAGUGUUUCCAGACAACACACACACACACACACACACACACACACACACACACACACACUGCAAGAGCAGGGGGAGACUCAUGGAAAUUUAACACGGGCGACAGCAGCAACAGAAAAGAGGACAGGACUGUGGAUAAGAGAGGAGGAGGAGGAGGAGGAGGAGGAAGUUAGCUGAGUCAGUGCAAAAGAGGAGAGGGAGCGUCAGCAGCAUGUGUUGCAGCAUGUUUGUGUCGUCCUCUGCCCGCUCCAAAACACAGAGCCCUGCAGAGGCUGUCUGUACAGUGAGCAAGGUAGAGGGGCAGCAGAGGAGCUGCACUGCACUAUAGAGUCACCUUCAGCCCAGUGGAGGAGCAUCGGCGGAAGCUCAUGCUGAGAGUUUGACCCAGAGGGACGACAGAACACUGCUGACUGAAGCCUCCUCCAGCCAGCAGAACCUGCUGUCUCAACCAGGGCUCCCAGACGUCGCAGUCAUCACUGGAGUGGAAGAGAGCAGAGGUGCAGUUGGAGACCAGGACGACAAGGAGGAGCUUGAGUUUCCUCAUGACCUGCUGCCCAGUUUAGACUUCAGCAGUGAGCUCAACAUCUGGGAGUCCUCACUGGGAACUCAGAAUAGCUCAGGUGAGAGGAAAUGUGAGCAGGUGAACCCCCUGCUGGCGGGCCUGCGGCAUCACAUGGAAGUCAGUCGACCACUGGUGGUUCUAGAUACAAGACCCCUCCCAUCUCUGGAGUCUCCUCAACUAGAGUUUCUUACUCCAACUGAGGAGAUAACUGCUCUUCUGAGACAAGAGGAGAUCCCACAACUGGAGCAAGCAGCAGAGGAGACAACUGAAAUCCCACCUCUAGAUCUUUUGACUAAGCCUGAACCUUUAAAGAAGACAUCAGAGCUCCCAGAACCAACACAUCAGACAGAAGAGCUUCCAGAGCCAACACAUCAGACAGCAGAGCUUUCCAGAUCAACACAGAGCACAAAUGUAGAGCUCCCAGAAGAAACAAAGAAAUUAGAGCUCUCAGAACCAACCAAGAAAGAAGAAGGGCCUCCAGAAGAGUUUCCAGAACCAAUAAGGGGGCCAUUAACCUCUCCAGAAAUAGUAGAGGAGCCAGCUGCGCUCCUAGAACCAAUAAAAAGCACAGUAGAGGUCCAGGAACCAACAAAGAAUGAAUUAGAGUUCCCAGUACUAACGAAAAAUGAAGAACCAGAACAACCAAAGACGACAACAGAGCCCCCAGAACCAGAGAAGGAGCUGAUCAGUGAGCAGCCAGAGGAGCUAGUGGAGAAACCUGUGGCUAUCCCACCGUGUGAGCCAUUUAAAGUGCCUGCUGAGGAACCUGCAGUGACAGAAACAGUCCAGGAUCCUGCUGAGGAGCUACAGGACAGUGGGCCCUCCGGUGCUGAGCAGGCAGAAAGAGGUGCCCCUGCCUCUCCCCCACCUCCUACCUCCAACUACCACUUCCUGCCUCCCCUCCCUCCUCACCUCCACGACACCACAGAGUUCCCCACUCCUCCUCCCACACCCCCGGAGAGGCACACACCUGUAGCUCUACCAACCCCACCUGCAUCACCCCAUCUUCCUCCUCCUCCAGCCCCUGCCUCCCCUUCUGUGCCUUCUAUUUACCAGUGGGAGGAUCACUGUCCUGCUUCUGCACCCUGCCACCCCCCUUUAAGGAGCUCAGACUCUGAUGGAGCAUUUGAGACCCCUGAAUCCACAACUCCAGUGAAGGCAGUUUCCCCUACAGAGUCCCAAACCCAGCAACUAGCAUCCGAUGACACAGUAGCAGACACCUCAGUCAGUGAUCCUGAUUUGACAGCUGGUGCACUCUGCCAUUCCCCGUCCAUUGUUUUUGAUGAGAACAGGCCCAUUGCAGCCAGUGGCACCUACAACAUUGAGGUUUUAGCAACAGAUUCAAGUCACACUCUGACCCGUUCGCUGAGCCUCCAGGGUGGAGAGCUAAACAGUGCAGGUACAUUGGAAGGAUCAACAGUGGGAGAUUUCCGUCCACAUUCUGAAUCCUUCAGCGUUGGCACUGAGAGUGCUCCAGGGACACUCCACAGGCCCAAGAAAGUCCGUCCUGGGUCCGUGAAGAAGAAGCCUCUACUCAGACAGAACUCCAACCCAGAGAGUCCAAGGCCAGCCUCAUCCAGCAGCACCCCAGAGAUCAAGAAGCGGGCAAAGCCUCAAGCUGCCAGCCCUCUCCAGGCUCAGGAGGAAGCAGGAGGAGGAUCUGCAACUCCGAGCCCUGGAGGAACCCUUCGAAGGACCAGGAAGACCCGUGUGGAGACUCCUCCUCCUCUACCAGAGGAGACCAACCAUACCAGCCAAGAGGAAAGCCUUGUCAUCUCGGCCUUACCCUUGUGCCAAGAGGAGAUCCCUCUCCCUGGUAGUCCAACAGGCAAAGACGAAUCCCCCAUCCCCCCAAGUACCUCCUACAAAUGGGAUCCGGAUAAUUUUGAGAACAUUGACCCUUUCAAGACUGGAGGUAGUAAAAUUGCCAAUUCCCCUGAUCUGGGCCGUAAAGGUCCUGUGUGUGCCCCCAUUGCCACCCCUCCAGAGAGUCCCUCUGUCUGUGCUGUGGCGCCAUGUCCUCCACCUCCUCUUGAAGAGCCAAUCACCAACCCUGAAGAGCAACCCAUCAUACCCAAACGUCAGUCAGUAAGGCUGGAGUUUGACUACUCUGAGGAGAACAGUGAGGCGUCACAUCAGGCCUCUCCCCCACCUAAGAAAGUGGGCAAGAAGCCCGGUGGCAAGAUGCCUCUUAGGAAACCAAAGCUGGGGCUCAAGAAGGCCCCUCCAGUACAGACGGAGCAGCUGGACAACAAUCCUCCAGCAAUCCACAAUGGUAACGAGGAGGAAAUCCCUGUUCAGAAAGCAUCUUACAACUUUGAACCUGACAAGUGGGAGGAUCCAAAUUUCAAUCCAUUUACUUCUAAGAAAGGUAUUGCCAACUCCCCCAAACUAUCCAGGCCAUCUUAUAGCUUUGACUCCAGUAACUUCGAUGACUCAGUAGACCCUUUCAAACCCUCCAAUAAGAUGGCCAACUCCCCUCCUAAGGCCUCUGCCUCCUUUGAAGUGUCAUCCAGUGACUUUGACAAUGAAAAUGACAAUGAUAACAUUGGGGAACUGGAGGACCAAAACCAGAACAAACCUGCCAAGAAGAAGAAAACUCCUAUCAAAUCUAACACUUUCAGAGUGAAGAGGUCGCCAAAAAAAUCCCCAUUGUCUGAAUCAUCCCAGGAUCCUAUGUCAGCAGAUGAACCUCCUUCCCUCCACCCACAGGACGACCACGCCACAGAUGAGGAGAAGCUAGCCUCCUCCACCAGUCAUAAAUGGGCAGCCCUGCACGACAUGGAUGCAGAUUUAAAGUCUGACCAACAAGACUUCCCAGAGCCAUGCGACCUUACGUCAUUUGUUAAUGAGAACAGUCUUCCUCAUCAGGCUCCAGUGCAAGACUAUGAAAUUGAGUACAUGGAGAAGAUUGGCUCCUCUUCGCCACCACUGUCUGUGAAGAAGCCAUCUUUGUACCUGAAGUUGGACUCAGUAUCUGACAACUUAACCAGGAACACGUGUGCACAUGGAUUUGAGCCCAGCUCCCCCUGCACAGGGAGUUUUGAGGAGAUGGAGGCCCAGAUAUCAUCGGGUAUGAAGACACCAGUGCUGAGCUCCCGGCCCGGUCCUGAGGGCUCUGCUGGGGAAAAGGGAAGGAAGAGAGAAAGCGAGGCACUCAGCCGAACACAGAGCACAGAGAGGGAUGAGCAGCCCCCUAGCCAGGGCCCAGUGGAGGUCCCUGCUCCAGCUCUGGCCAUGCCCCUGUUAGACAGGCUGUCUGAGUGCGACGACUCCCUGCAGUAUCUGGAGCCUGACCUUGCUGAGACCAACCCCACUGCAUUCGCCCAAAAACUACAGCACAGAGACGUGUCAUCUCCAGUAGAGAGUGCCGUGUCCAAGAACUCUCUGUACACCAGGACCACAAGCUACAUCGAAGGGGAGAGUCCCCACCUGCCCAGAGAUCUGGACCACUCGCUGGGAAUUGCAAGAGAGGAGAUUGUGACAAAGGAGAAAGAAGUGCUGGAGUGGCAGAGGAAGUAUGAAAACAGCCGACAGGAAGUGGUGGAGAUGAGGAGAAUUGUUGCUGAAUAUGAGAAGACGAUUGCACAGAUGAUAGAUGACCAGAAAGAGAAGUCUCUCUCCCACCACACCAUCCAGCAGCUGAUCAUGGAGAAGGACCAGGCCUUGGCCGACCUCAACUCUGUGGAAAAGUCUCUGGCCGACCUCUUCCGACGUUAUGAGAAGAUGAAAGAUGUACUUGAGGGCUUCCGCAAGAAUGAGGAGGUUCUGAAGAAAUGUGCUCAGGAGUAUCUGUCCAGGGUCCGUAAGGAGGAACAGCGCUAUCAAGCCCUGAAGAUUCAUGCUGAGGAGAAACUAGACAGGGCAAAUUCAGACAUAGCUCAGGUGCGGGCCAAGGCCAAGCAGGAGCAGGCCGCCUACCAGGCCAGUCUGCGGAAGGAGCAGAUGAAGGUUGACUCUCUUGAGCGCACUUUGGAACAAAAGAACAAAGAGAUCGAGGAGUUGACAAAGAUCUGUGAUGAGCUGAUUGCCAAGAUGGGGAAGAGUUAGCGACCACACCACGCCCAGGCCAAAUCCCACAGAGUAGACAAGUGGUUCUAGAAAAACGACUUGGAAAAUGAAGCCGAUCAGUAAUAUUUACCACUCUUCCAAGGACUGAAGGCCAAAGUGGUCUUGGGGUUAAAUUUAUUUACUUUGUGUAUACAUGAUCCACAGGAAUGGCUUCCUCUUAAUCACUCUGUACAUUUUUUGAUGUGUCAGUGUAUCGUACUGUAUCAUGGGUCUGGUUUAAAGUUUUAGACUAUGUAUCAUAUCACUAACAAGUGUGCCUGCGUGUGCGAGUGUGUGUAUGAUAAUGAGAAAAGUGAGAGCAUUGUUUGGGGGUUAAAUUAUCUAUUAUUAUGUUGCCAUGACAGCCACUGAGGGAGAAGACUGUUUUACCCACUCCUAUUGAUAGACUUUGAAAAAGUGUAACAGACUUUGAUUCAUUCAUAAAAUGUUGAUACAGUACUAAGAGAACACAAACUGUCACAAUAGCUUACUGCAUGUGAGAGAAAGAAGAGCCUGUAAUGUUAAUGUUUGUAUAUACUGUAGGAAAUGAUGAAAACACUCAUCUGCAUUUUUGAUAGUUAUUCUGUCAUCCGCUUCCCUCAUGUAACCUUGUAGAUAUUUGUCAUACUUGUCAUAGCUUUCUCGAUGAAAUCGCAGGACUAUAUUUUGGAUUUUAUUUUGAUAUAAAGCAAACUAAUUGUGACUGUAUUCAGUUGUGACCAGGAGUAAUUUCAUUUUGGAUGGAUAUGUCCUCGUCCUGCUAUGGUUGUUGUGUCACACUGAGGAAUAACUUCUCUGCACAGCUACUGUAUAGCAUCUGCUUACAAAGUGCAAUAAAAGAUGGCAAUACAGCA